GCCGUUAUCUCAUCCGGGUCGGUUCGUAUAUUCCUUCCGCUCUGAAUUUUAUAACCACAGAUCCGGGGAGAUCACGAAGAUAAGGAUGCUGUCUUGUCUAGGCUGUCCGGCUCUUAGUAGGGUGCUCAGCACCGGGGCUUCACGGGCCCCGGUUGCCAUGGCAGCAGCUGGUGCAUCACGUGCCCCUGUUGUCUCCACCCCUACCUGUUCCCCAAACUCCAUGACACUGGUGCGAUACAACAGCACCGCUCAGCAGGACAAACCAAAGAAGACCAAAUUUGGACCUCUUGCUGAUCAGGACAGAAUAUUCACAAACCUUUAUGGACGACAUGACUGGAGGCUGAAGGGUGCCCUGAAAAGAGGCGACUGGUACAAGACAAAGGAGAUGUUGGAUAAAGGGGUGGACUGGAUCCUGAAUGAGAUCAAGGUGUCCGGCCUGCGUGGCAGAGGAGGUGCUGGCUUCCCGACCGGGAUGAAGUGGAGCUUCAUGAACAAGCCCAGUGAUGGCAGGCCUAAAUAUCUUGUGGUGAAUGCUGAUGAAGGUGAACCCGGGACCUGCAAGGACAGAGAGAUCAUGCGUAAUGAUCCUCACAAGCUCGUUGAGGGCUGUCUGUUGGCCGGUAGGGCCAUGGGAGCUCGCGCUGCUUAUAUUUACAUCCGUGGAGAGUUUUACAAUGAGUCGUCCAACCUGCAGGUGGCCAUUAAUGAGGCUUAUGCAGCUGGUCUGAUUGGCCGAAACGCGUGCGGCUCAGGUUAUGACUUUGAUGUGUUUGUGAUGCGCGGCGCUGGGGCGUACAUCUGUGGAGAGGAGACCGCUCUCAUCGAGUCCAUUGAAGGCAAACAGGGGAAACCCCGUCUGAAACCUCCCUUCCCUGCUGAUGUGGGUGUGUUUGGUUGUCCAACAACGGUUGCAAACGUCGAGACGGUGGCUGUGGCGCCGACCAUCUGCCGUCGCGGCGGCACGUGGUUUCUGGGUUUUGGACGGGAGAGAAACUCCGGCACAAAGCUUUUCAACAUUUCUGGCCAUGUGAACAACCCCUGCACGGUGGAAGAAGAAAUGUCCAUUCCCAUUAAGGAACUUAUUGAGAGACAUGCCGGUGGUGUUCGAGGGGGUUGGGAUAAUCUUCUUUGUGUUAUUCCUGGUGGGUCUUCCACCCCCAUGAUCCCUCGCCACGUGUGUGAUGAUGUCAUGAUGGAUUUUGAUGCCCUCAUUCAAGCUCAAACUGGUCUUGGCACAGCCGCACUUAUUGUCAUGGAUAAAUCAACUGAUGUAAUCCGAGCUAUUGCCCGCUUAAUUGAAUUCUACAAGCAUGAGAGUUGUGGACAGUGCACACCUUGCAGAGAGGGAGUGGACUGGAUGAAUAAGAUGAUGUGGCGCUUUGUGAAAGGCGACGCGCAGUCAGCAGAGAUUGAUAUGAUCUGGGAAAUCAGUAAGCAGAUUGAGGGCCACACCAUCUGUGCUUUGGGUGAUGGAGCUGCAUGGCCAGUGCAGGGAUUGAUUCGUCACUUUCGGCCAUUAAUGGAGAGCAGAAUCGCAGACUUUGCACAGAAACAGCAGGCCCAUGCUUGAAGACCCCAUCUCUGCGUCUGUUGUCAAUCAUCCAGUCAUUUGAAGUUAUUUAAGCAAAACCAAUAAUGUUUUUGCUCACUGAUAUGUGAACUUUACUCAUCUGGCAUCACCUUGCGUUUCUCUGUCGUGUAUAUCUGGGGCAUGGAAAGAAAAUCACCGGUAAAGUUCUUUGAACCUUGAAAUAGUUUAGGCUAAAUCUAUUCAGCUAUUGUAAUAGACUUAACAUCAUACUUUUGUUUGGAUCAUUGUAGUGUAGCACAAUAAAGAGAAUAAAUUAUC